UAGGUCUUGCGCAGAGUAUGACCCGCCGUAGCCGCGCGCGCACGUAUAGCGCACUCGCAUCGCGCUCUAAAACAAAACACAGUGCGCGUUGAAUUAACUUGAUCAGUGACGGCUCCCAUAUCCCAGGUAUUUUUAGAUCAACGCCUCCAAACUGGUUCUUCGCGAAAGUGAUACCGUAUCCCGAUGAGAUGGCGCGCUACCAGUUUCUUUGUUUAAUCGCAGCUGCUGCAUUCGCUCCCUUGACCUUGGCUGCAUCAGCCCUCGAAGACAGUACGUUGCCCAACCUGCCUCAAGAGGAAGAAGAUAAUAGCCGCUACAAGACUCUAGAAGCUAACGCCACGCUGCUCAAACUGCUGGUUAACGACAAGGAUGGAGUCAGCAAAUCCGAGGUGUUCGACAUGCUGCAUUCGCGCGAUGACAACGAGCAACACAUCGACUUGCCCUCCUUCCCCGAAGACGAAGAAAUCAUGCGCGCAGACGGCCCGCCGGAUUCGCAGGCAGAGUUCUUGCAAGGGCCAAGCGACACGGUCCGCAAGGAUUCAAAGGAGCGUUUCACGUCGCGGAGUGAGCCGAUCGGCACCGCAGCUGGCAUCAUGGUGUUGGUUACAUGCAGCAUCGCCUGCCUCGCGUACACCUCGCUGGUGGUCUGGAGGAGGAUAUACUUGAAGAGAAACGGCUUGAAGCACGAACUACUUAGAAAUGAGGAAAAUAUUGCAGAAACAAGGAUAGAGCUGUGAAGACUUGAUGGAUGGCAACAUUUUCUACAAGAAUUUACUUCAAGACUGAAUUUGUUUAGUAUAGUCUAAAACACAAGCAACAUUACUUUUAACUUUUGCAACGAACAACGUACCAACGCAAGUUAUUCGACUUCUCAAAAAAUUUGUCUUUACUCAUUUAUUUAAGAUUGUUUUUGAUCAAAUUAAUUGUGGCCGUACUAGUAGUUAAGAAUCACUUUUAAGCCCAGGAUCUUGCAUUAGUUUAGAUAGAAAGAGCAUAAUAUAAGUUUUUUUAAGCGAUAGACGCCAGUAAAACAUAGGUCUACGCGACAUAGUGUGAGUCAAGAACCAAGUUGUUAUCAUAGUAAAGCUGUACAGCUAUCGCUAUUUAAGAGCCAACAGAAGUGGUCAUUUCUCCAUACACACGUACUCGACAGUUUCCUCCGUGGGUUUUGAUGCUAGAGCAAUGAUUUUUUCAACACAGAUUAAUAUUGUCAAUAUCUGCGUCGGACCGUUUUGCUUUUAUUGAUAUUUUUGUUUUUAAGGGCGCUAGAGCCCUUCAAAAAUGGCCUAAUUGACUAUGCCGCAAUGAGAGGCGUAGUAUUCAAAACUGAUAUCAAUUAGCCAAAAAAGCAAAACGGUCCGACACAGAUAAUUUCAUAAUCAUUUAGAUUUCCAAGUUUGGUUAGGAUUGGCUAAGUUUUGGAGGAGGAAACAGUCGAGUACAAAACCUCGAUUUUUACGCGGGAUUUUUCGCCUUGUCCUUAUCGCACUAGUUUUAGGAGCCGCUUCCGUUAGCGAGACGGGUAUAUUUACCUAAAAUAUUUAAAACUCAGCUCCUGUUUCGUCUUAAUACAUCUAGUGGGGGCUGCAGUGGCGGAUUUGCAGUCUUUGCCGCCCUAGGCCCCAGGCAGGCCCUGUAGCCGCCCCUUUCUCAGCACUCUGACUACAUUUUGAGUUAUUUCUUGUUAUCAACAGCUAUUUUUUUAAUGCCUUGCCGCCGGGCCUACUGGGCCUUCGGGCAAAUCCGCCACUCCUAAAUAAAAGAGUAUAUAGGUAAGAUAAACGUACUAGUGUUCGACAUGCUAAUGCCCAAUAGAUGACACCUUGCUGUCGCCUCUAAUAUUGACAAUGACUUAAGUUUCAAGAUGACACGUACUGGGACCGCGUCGAGCACUAGUAGGUACGUUUACCUUAUUGAUUGUAUAAUUAUUUUGCUCGAGUCAAACCAAGUUAUUCUAAGUCUCUAAAACAGCUAGCUAAAUUACUGCUCCUGAGGACAGUCUGCGCUGUAUUUCUACAUUUAAAAUGUCUUUUAACUUAAGGACAGGUGGAGCAUUCCCAAAAAGGUCUAAGUACAUUGCUAGGACGUGACGCGUAUGGAAGCUAUUUUAAUAACCUGCAGAAAUCUGUAUUAAGUUUAACCUUUUGAGACGGCGAAGGAAUAUGACGUGCCCCGGCCGCCAAGGACUCGCGAUUAUUUAAGCGAAAUUGAAUUUUACGUAGUCCCGCGUAAGUCCCAAUUGCAUUGUCAAAGGUGUCGGCUGUAGCCGUCCUUGGCAACACUUUCCGAUAACGGCCACAGCCGUCUGUGGCUGUCAAAUGGAUAAGUUAUCAGACGUUAUCAUGCCAAAUAUCGGCUUCUUAGCUUUAUCAGAAGUGUUAAAAAAUAACGUCACGUAUCCGAUUCUAGAAACGAAUGCCCUAGGUCAACAUUUAAUUGUACAACCGCCAUCAGAUAUUUGGGAACUGCCAAGGUGCUCACAAAUUAUCUGAACACGCCGCUAUCGUCAAAGCGUUAGAGCGCGUGUUCAGAUAUUCUGAGCACCCCGGCCGCUCCGAUAUAUCUGAUGGCGACUGUACCUACUAAUUAUUGGAAUAAUUAUUAGUAGAUACAGUCGUCAGUAUUAAAUCCUCAUGGACUUUCUAAGGUUGAUUGCAUGGCAGGGGACUCAAAAUAAGUGUUCCGUGAACAAAGUUUUGUACGGAACACUAAAAUUGUGAAAAGCGGCGUUACAUAAGAUAACAUUACACUAUAGUUGCAGGUAGAUAUUUCUUAGUAAGUUUUUUAAAUAAAAAUAAGGUUUCGUUUCGUCUUAUACUUAAAUAACUAUGGCAUUGUGACCUCGACAGUGUGUUGUGCCAUAGGUUUUUAUAACUAAUUGUAUUUGGAUCGAGUGAGUCUUUUUAGAUUGGCAUAUGAGGAAUGUUAUUUAUUUGUAAUAUAAAGUCAAUACAUGUCUGUGAUGUGAUUAAUGUAAGGAACCAGCAUUUGGGAGCCUAUUAAACGUAUUUACUAAGA